UCAGGCAUAGCCAGCUUUAGUUUAUUUCUGGUCUGAAGUGAAGGCAUAGACAUGAUUUUCCUUAUGCUUCAAUGCAUAUAACACAAAUACAACCAUAAGGCCACGGGGGUGACAUGUCAGUUCUUAAAUUUAGCAGCUGGUUCUCAAUACUACCACGGAGUACUUCCGAUGUGACCUUAGAACUAAUGAGAAAUGGUCAGCAUGACCUUCGGAACGGUCCGCGAAGGAUUCAAGGCCUCCAGGUACCAGCUCACUGACACGCUCCGCCCCUCAGAGAGGGAAGGUCUGUGCGCCCUCGCCCCCCUCUUGGGUGGGAGAAGCCGGGAAACGGCGCUUCAGGGUCCCCGGGACUAAGGGAUGGCGAGCGGGGCGGAGGCAGAGGCGGGGACCGGCGCGGCAAAGCCGGCCGGCGCCCGGGGAGGUGCCCGAGAGCGGCGAAGGGCGAAGGCCCCGCCCCGCGACGCCCGCGCAGGGGAAGCAGGCCCUGCCCCCGUCAGCCGUGCCCGCCCCUGCUCCCAAUCAGGUCGGACCAUAGCGUAUAAAGAGCGCGGCGCGCCCAGCUGCAGCCCACAGCUCGCAGCGGAAGCAGCGGAGAUAUGUCUGGGAGAGGCAAAGGCGGGAAGGGGCUCGGCAAGGGUGGCGCUAAGCGCCACCGUAAGGUGCUGCGCGAUAACAUCCAGGGCAUCACUAAGCCGGCCAUCCGCCGCUUGGCUCGGCGUGGCGGCGUGAAGCGCAUUUCGGGGCUCAUCUACGAGGAGACGCGCGGCGUGCUGAAAGUGUUCUUGGAGAACGUGAUCCGCGAUGCUGUCACCUACACGGAGCACGCGAAGAGGAAGACGGUGACCGCCAUGGACGUGGUGUACGCCCUGAAGCGGCAGGGACGCACUCUGUACGGCUUCGGCGGCUGAAGCCUUCGGCUCUCACAUAACACUCGCGAACCCAAAGGCUCUUUUAAGAGCCACCCACUUUGUCUUUCGAAAGAGCUGUGUUGCUGUAUUCA